AUGUCUGGAUCUAUCAGAGAAUACAAGCUUGUUGUUGUGGGUGGCGGUGGUGUUGGUAAGUCUGCUCUUACCAUUCAGCUUAUUCAAUCUCACUUCGUUGAUGAAUAUGAUCCUACUAUCGAGGACUCGUACCGUAAACAUUGUAUCAUUGAUGAUGAGCCCGCCCUUCUUGAUGUCUUGGAUACUGCUGGUCAAGAAGAAUAUUCUGCCAUGCGUGAACAAUAUAUGCGUACCGGUGAAGGUUUCCUUUUAGUCUAUUCUGUUACCUCUCGUUCUUCAUUCGAAGAACUUACCACUUUCUACCAGCAAAUUCUUCGUGUUAAAGACUCUGACUUUGUUCCGGUGCUUCUCGUUGGUAAUAAGUGUGACCUUGAAGAUGAAAGACAGGUUAGUUACGACGAAGGGCUUGACUUGGCAAAACAGUUCAAUUGUCCUUUCUUAGAAACCUCUGCCAAGCAGAAAAUUAAUGUCGAAACCUCUUUCUACGGAUUGGUGAGAAUUAUCAAAGAGCAAUACCAGGCUGCUGUUGGAGCUUCCGCUGCCAGCCAGACUGUGCAAGAAAAUGAAGAAAUUCCAUCUCCUCCAGUUGCCGUUGCAGAUGCAACAGCUUCUCCUCAAUUUGCCCUGGAAAACCAUAAAGAUAAAAAGGACAGUAAAUGUUGUAUCAUAAUGUGA